AUGUUCGCAGCCUGCUACUUACUUUCACGCUCUCCUUACACUCUUUUUUAUUUCAUUCUAUCCGCUUCCGGCUUAUUCGAGUUUAUUCUCCUCGACUCAAACAACGAUUACUCAAGCACAAAUAUAAAACCAGCUGUCAACCUUAGUCAACCCAAUGAAACAGGCCUGAAAGGUGUAUUGUAUCAACAAGAUUUGAUUGAUUGCAGUAGCAGCAGAAAUAACAGCAAUAGCACUAAUAUGCUGUUGUUGAAUAGUAAUGGUGACACUUCCAACAUACCUGUCAUACCUAGAUCUCUUCCAAGAGUCGCGCUAAUACAUCAGAUGAAAAAGAACGGUUGCAACAUUAUUGACUUGAUUCUAAAGGCACAAACUGAAGGAGCAGUAGGAGCCAUCGUUUAUGGGUUAUCUGACGUAGAGACCAACGCUGUAUUUAUACCUACAGGAACAGCAGUAGCUAUAACGGUUUAUUUUGUCGAUAUGCGAACUGGUGAAGACUUGCUCAGCAAAAUCGUUACCUAUGAGAAAAUACAGCCUACGCGAAUUGACGAAGUAGUAACAGCGAGGCCCUAUGUUCGAGUCUUACUAUUACCUGCUAGCUUAGGAACAAUAAAUGCUUGGGAAAUUACCCUGCUGAUAGUAUCCAUUUUAUUGGUCACUAGCUUCCUCGCAUCAGUUAUCAUGCAUUGGCAUCUGUGGAGGAAACGAAAACGGCAAGAAUAUCUAGUAGAACAGGGUCUGAUUCCAAUACCAGUAGAAAUGCUUCCUAUGGGCAAACAUAUAUUUGAAGAGUCAAAAUUAGAAGAAUAUUUCCCUUCAGAAAAUCUAGACGAUGAAAAGCUCUUGAAUUUGAAUAACUCUAGCAAUGAGCCUUUACUUUGUGUUGUAUGCCUUGAGAACUUAACGAUUGGUUCAAAAAUUCGCACACUACCCUGCAAACAUAUUUAUCACUGUCACUGUAUAGAUCCUUGGUUGACCACCAAGUGUGCUGAGUGCCCUCUUUGCAAAUAUGAUUGUAAUCUUGUGGCGAAAUCUGAUGGAGAGGGGACAGUGAGCGCACUCACAGCUGGCAAUACCAGUAAUGCUACAGCUACUGAAAAUGCAGAUGGUCAAUAUUAG